UCAGAAGACCAUUCUGCCACGGAGGACCGUUCUGCCACGUUACAACAAGCUUGCUCAGUCUUAAUCGAGCCAGAAUUCGAAAGACUUUUUUACAGGCCUGGGAAACGAGAAGAUACAUUCAGAGUCUGAACACCAACCAUGACACUUGAGUGGGGGCUCAGCGAUCUGCAGAAAUUGGAAAUUAAUGGUUGUGCUGUAAGCAAUGUUGGUGGCCUAAAAAGCAGCGAUCACCGAAGCAAAGAAAUCAAAGUCCUUGAUGAUCUUGUUGUGACGAAUGGAAUAGUAGUUAAGGGGGGGGAAGAAGCGCUGAGCAAAACUAUUGCUGAAAAAGACUCUAGGGUAGUUUCUUUGGAAAAAUUGGUUGAACAAGACAAAAAUAUCCAGGAGAUAGAAAUGAAGGAAUUUAAUGAAAACCACGCCAAAAACAUGAAAAAAUUAGAUGAAGAGUGUGAGAGAGAAAUAAACGAAGCCGAUCGUAACUUUAAGAUAAAAAUUACCGAAAUCAUUGAAAAAAACGAGGGUAGCAAACAAGUAAUAACCACGCCGACAAAAGAAAAUCUUAAUAUAAGUUAUUGCCAGUCUUAUAUUAGGCAAGUAUGUUUGAUUCUACAGGCCAACAUGUACCACAUCGUGCUGCCCGACCAGUUCGCUGAAGAUUUGCCGUACAAAGUAAAGGACAUUGAAGAAGAUAAAGACUUUCUCGAUGAAGACGAAAGACAAAAAGCUUGGAAAAGGUGGGAGAGUUUGAAGGAGAAGCUUUGUUGGGACCCUCCCUUAAAGAGAACUUUGAAAAUGUUACAGAAAGAGGGAAACUCCAUGAACAAACCAGAAGUCCUGACGGUUGAAGAAGCAGAGAGAGUUGCCGAAGAGCUGAACAAACAAGGAAGAUUAAGAGGAAGAACUUCAUACAAAAAAGUCAAAAARAUAAUCAAGAUGUGGAAAAUAUCCACCACUUUGGUUUAGUCUUUGUCGUGAACCGAGCGUAACCGUUAAAAAUAAGAUACUCUAGAGAAUGACACGUGGUCUAUAAUGGGAAAACAUUACGCACGCGCCGAGGAUGUAUAUUUCGGGCUAUCGUACUAUUACUUAACAGGUUGUAUAUUAAAUUUGUAAAGUAAAUACAGGUAAAAUGUGAUAUAUAUUUGCAAUCCUGUGGGAGGGUGGGGACUGUUUUACAGACUAUUUGUACAUGGAAUGCUGGGUUGGGGUAGUAGUCUUAAGAUCUUGCUGUCAAAAAAGGAAAUUGUACAUUUGGCAUGAAAGACAAAUCAAAGUCGUUGCAUAUUA